AUGAAACCGUCAACCUUCAUUCGAAACCCUACGAUCGAUAGGUCAGCUCAGUCGUCCACUACCAAACCCACUCUGGGAACAUCCAUCAGGGUAUUCUUUAGUCGUAUUUUCCGCCGAGCAGCAAUUACAACUGACCUGAAUUCACGAUCUGGACUGGAGCAUCUGUCUUGUAUCCAAUGUACAAAGUCCAGUGCACCUGAGGAAAUGGGACCACGUAUUUAUCUACCUGAGUCCGGACCGACGGGUAUGACUACAACGUGGGAACCCGUUGGAUCCGUUACACAACCGACAGCUCUAAAUCCAUCAUUCUUACCCGAUUAUAUGAUCAAAGCAAUGCCAAACGAUGCAUGCUGGUUAGCCGGAUUUGAAGGCCAAAGUCAGCCGCCGUUUACAAAAUCCUUGACCCGAUUUCUUCAAUGUCCUUUUUGUCUUCAUGUGGCAGCCGAAGGCGAUUUUCGAACUACCAUGCUGGAUUCAUUGCACAGUAGGCAUUUUGUGCCAUCUCAUUCGACACAAACUUUUGGUGAGUUAGAUGAAUCCUAUCCAGGUAUGUCGGAGCAUACAGGUUGUAUGAAUCCAUUACAUGGAUCUAUGAUGACAGACAGUGGAAUAUCCAUUGAAUCGGAUAAGGUGUCCGCGGCUCGGCUACUCAGUAUCACAUCCGCUGCGCGCACACCCUCACCCCAGCCAACUCCCACCUGCUUCCAUUUGUCCACUGAUCCCCCGCCAUCACCGGCUCCUAAACCGGUACCAUUAGUGUCUCCAAUGCGCAGUGACGAUAUUCUGCGGGCUAGAAGACACUGCCAUCAAGGGAAUACNGCAGUCCAGAAGAAGGGGAUCCAAGGUGGCGUGUAG